GGAUGUUCUGAAGAGCUCUGCUUGAUAUGUCGACAUCACAGUUGCUGGUUUUCUCCCUUUGUUUCCUUGCUGUUUCCUUUAGUUAUAUAUAACGCAUGCAGCGCCUUGCCAUGUUCGGUUACUACAUGGUCGUGCAUGCAUGAAUGCUCGCUCCUGCAUGCUACUAUUAAACAAGGAAGCCAUGGGAGAGAACAGGAAGAUCACCCGCGGGUCAAGGCUGGUGACAAACAAGCUGCUGCACCGCUGCCAGCAACUGCAUGGCCACGGAUCUGUAUCUGGGGUUUCUGAAACCUUGGGGAAGAGACCCUUGAAUGGGAACAAGGAUACACUUGUGUACAGUGUGUUUGCCAGCACCUGGAAUGUCGGCGGCGUUACACCAUCCGAUGGCUUGGACUUGGAGGAUUGGCUGGACACAAGGGCUAACGCCUACGACAUCUACGUCCUAGGGUUCCAGGAGAUAGUGCCACUGAACGCGAGAAAUGUGCUGGGUCCUAGGAAGAGCCGCGUGUCUGCCAAGUGGAACUCGCUGAUCGGGGAGGCGCUCAACAGAAGGUGUCGAGAAGAAGGCGGGGCGAACACGAACAGCAGCGCCAAGGACGACGAAGGCUCUGUGGAGGGAUCACAGGGCUUCAGAUGCAUCAGGAGCAAGCAGAUGGUCGGCAUCUUCACGUCGGUGUGGGCGAGAAGCAGCCUUAGGCCGCUCAUCCGUCACCUGGAUGCGUCGUGCAUCGGCUCGGGCAUCAUGGGCUGCCUAGGGAACAAGGGCUCUGUUUCGAUCCGGUUCGUGCUGCACGACACGAGCUUCUGCUUCGUCUGCUGUCACCUGGCUUCAGGCGGCAAGCAAGGGGACGUGCUGCUGAGGAACUUGGACGUCGCGGACAUACUUGCAAGGACAAGGUUCCCUGGCCCUGCAGCUCACGAGUUGCCGGAGAAGAUCCUUGAUCAUGACCAAGUGGUUUUGCUCGGUGACUUGAACUACAGGAUAUCCCUGGAGGAGGCCGAGACGAGGUCGCUGGUGAGAGCCAAGAGAUGGCCCGUCUUGUUGGAAAACGAUCAGCUGCUGUUCGAGUUCUCGAGAGGGCGGCAUUUUGAGGGCUGGCAGGAAGGCCUGAUCACCUUCUCCCCCACCUACAAGUACCAGCCCAACUCCGACCAGUACCACUGGUGCUUCGACAGUGCGGGCAGCGACAAGAAGCGUGCUCCAGCAUGGUGCGAUCGCAUUCUGUGGCGAGGCAAGGGGCUGAAGCAAGUGCAAUACGAGACGUGCAGCUACAGGCUGUCGGACCACCGGCCGGUGAGAGCGGUUUUCCACGCCGAAUGCGACGCGUUAUCGGAGGCGGUGUCGCACAAGUAAAAACAUUGCCAGGCUGCUACCCCGCCGCACAGAGCGCCCAGCAGCAAGCAAAGCGACUGAUGUGAUGAGACGUCUAUUCAACCAGAGAGUGAUGGAUAUGGACGACGGCGCGCGAGUGCCGCCAAAUCGAGAGAGAACUGGACGCAAGAUUGGACCAAGCGAGUAGAGCCAAGAAGAGAUUUCUUCUGAGACGAACAUGAAGUUGUUGUUGUUUUUUUUUUCUGUCUCUCUGUCUCUCCCUCUGAACGCCGAUUGAGUUGUGUGCAGAAGAGGUGCAUGGGGAUAGAGUACCGGGAUCCAAGAAGAGGUGCUGGUUUUUUUUGGCAUUGUUCUGUUGGUGGCGGUGUUCAGAUUCUUUUUUCCCUCGUUUAAAAGCUAGCUCCUUCUGGGCUUUGGGCUUGUGUCUGAAAGAAUAUCAGAGCCUAAAAACGGCAUCUGCACAUUCUGUUGCUUAAUAGAUUGGAGAUUACCGACUAA